AUAAUAUAUAAAUAAUGACAACUGGUACUGUUCCUGCUGAUGGUGUGCGAGAGAAGGCACUCUUUGAAUAUCGGAAAAAGUUAUUGGAACACAAAGAAGUCGAGUCCCGACUGAAGGAAAAGCGUGAAGAAAUUAAGGAGCUAACAAAACAAUAUGAUAAAUCGGAGAAUGAUUUGAAAGCCUUACAGAGUGUUGGCCAAAUUGUCGGAGAAGUGUUGAAGCAGCUUACCGAAGAUAAAUUUAUCGUUAAGGCCACAAAUGGUCCACGUUAUGUUGUUGGCUGUCGCCGUCAAUUGGACAAGACAAAAUUGAAAUCGGGAACCCGUGUUGCCUUGGACAUGACCACCCUAACCAUUAUGCGUUAUCUGCCACGUGAAGUUGAUCCCUUGGUCUAUAAUAUGUCACACGAAGAUCCUGGUGAUGUCAAAUAUUCCGCUAUUGGUGGUCUUUCUGAACAAAUUCGUGAAUUGCGUGAAGUUAUUGAAUUGCCUCUGCUAAAUCCUGAACUUUUCUUACGUGUUGGUAUUACACCACCCAAGGGUUGUCUUUUAUAUGGUCCACCCGGUACGGGUAAAACUUUACUUGCUCGUGCUGUGGCAUCCCAGCUGGAUGCCAACUUCCUUAAAGUUGUCUCAUCUGCCAUUGUUGAUAAAUAUAUUGGUGAAUCGGCACGUUUGAUUCGUGAAAUGUUCAAUUAUGCACGCGAUCAUCAACCCUGUAUUAUAUUUAUGGAUGAAAUAGAUGCCAUUGGUGGUCGUCGUUUUUCGGAGGGUACUUCGGCUGAUCGUGAAAUUCAACGUACUCUUAUGGAGCUGCUGAAUCAAAUGGAUGGUUUUGAUGCCUUGGGUCAGGUUAAAAUAAUUAUGGCCACAAAUCGUCCCGAUACAUUGGAUCCUGCCCUGUUGCGUCCCGGUCGUUUGGAUCGUAAAAUUGAAAUUCCACUGCCAAAUGAACAAGCUAGAAUGGAAAUCUUGAAAAUCCAUGCUCAAAAAAUUGCCAAACAUGGAGAAAUCGAUUAUGAAGCCAUUGUCAAACUUUCGGAUAAUUUCAAUGGUGCUGAUUUGCGUAAUGUUUGCACCGAAGCUGGUCUUUUUGCAAUUAGAGCUGAACGUGAAUAUGUCAUUCAGGAAGAUUUCAUGAAAGCUGUACGCAAGGUGUCCGACAACAAGAAAUUGGAAAGCAAAUUGGAUUAUAAACCAGUCUAAAAUUAAACGAAAAAAUGCAUACUUUAUUUUUUACACAUUAAAAA